AUGAGACUCAUCGUGUACCGAUCGGCUAACGCAAUUCGGGAGAGUAUCGACCCCGAGGUAACGCCGUGCGAUGACUUUUAUAAAUUUGCCUGUGGUAAUUUUUUAAAAACCGCAGUCGUUUCCAAAGAUAAAAUGAGUGUCGACAGAUAUAGCUCCCUUAUACCUAAAAUAAAGAAUCUACUGAAAAGUAUCAUUGAAGGGCCUGUUCAAAAGAAUGAACCAAGACACAUCACACUAUCGAAAAACUUCUAUCUGGCUUGCCUGAAAGCUAAUGUGACUCAAAAAAAUAGUCGUCAAGCAUUAUUAAGCAAAUUGAAAAAUAUAGGUGGCCUGCCUGUGCUUGAAGGAGACUCGUGGAAAGAGACUAAAUUUGAUUGGGUACAGACAACGCUUGGCAUGGUGACAGAGGGAUUGAUAAGUGAUGGCUUCUUUACCUUCGAUAUAGUCACAGAUUUUAAAGAUAGUACGAGAAAUGUUUUGGAUAUCGACCAACCAAUGAUGCGUGUUGAUCGCGAAGCUUUAAUAAAAGGGUUCAAAGACAAGACUGUGAGUGACUACUACAAUACUAUGGUUAAUUCGGCUGUAAAAUAUGGAGCAAAUAAAGCUAGAGCUCAAAAAGAAUUAAGGGAUGUUCUCGACUUUGAAAUAAACCUUGCCAGUAUUACUGUAAGUGAGGAACAAAGGAGCAAUCAAGCAACUCUCGAAAACCUAAUGACAGUAAAGGUUCUCAAAGAAAAAUAUCCGUAUGUUCCCUGGAAGAAAUACUUCAACACAAUUCUCAAAUCGGCAUUCGUAAUUGGUGAUGAUGAAAUAAUAAAAGUAAGCGCGCCUACUUUUUUCGAAAAAUUGGGACCAUUGUUGGAAAAAACUCCAAAAAGGGUGCUAGCUAAUUACCUCAUCUGGCAAGUACUUGAAGGUCAAAUUCAAGGUUCUUUCUCCAAGCAGGAUUGCCUCGAUAUGACAACCGAAUUUCUAGCUUUGAGUGCUGGUGCUCAGUAUGUCAGUAAAUACUUUUCACCAAAAUCGAAGAAAAGUGCAGAAGAAUUAGCAGUCGACUGGAUGGACGAAAAAACAAGGGAGAGUGCUUUGGCUAAACUUAAAUCUAUAAAAACCGUCAUUGGAUAUCCUGAUGAAAUUCUCGAUGUGAAGACCCUUGACGAAUAUUACAGAACAUUGGAAAUAAAUCCGACUGAUUUAUUUCAAGCCAUUUCAAACCUUACCAUGUUUAGACUAGACCAUUCAUUCAGUAAUCUAAGGAAAACUAUAGAAAAAUCAGAUUGGCCAUGGGUAUCCUGUGCAUACUCUAUAACUGACACACGCGCUGAUUAUGAUGGCCAUUUAAACCGAAUUAAUCUUCCUGCCGGGAUUUUACAAGACAUUUUCUUCGAUCCGGAUAGGCCUCAGUACUUGAACUACGGUGCGAUUGGUGCGUUUGUCCUUGGAAAUAAGCUCACUACUGCUUUUGGUUAUGACGGUAGACAAUAUGACGAAAAUGGAAACCUUAGAGAUUGGUGGUCACCAGGAACAACAACAAAAUUCCUUGAGAAAGCUGCUUGCAUUACUCAGCAGUACGAAAAAUAUACAGUAAAAGAUGGCGGCAUUAAACUUAGUGCUACCAAAGCCCGAAGGACAAACAUUGCAGACAAUGGAGGCGUAAAAGUGGCCUACCUAGCCUAUCAAGAUUUCGUAAAACGUAACGGCCCCGAACCAACAUUGCCUGACUUAAAAUAUUCUCAAUCACAGCUCUUUUGGAUUCAAGCAGCUAUGACACAAUGUGCGAAAUACUCCCCAGAGUAUGCAAAGGACUUCAAUACUAAGUACAGUCUAUUCAUGGAUGAAUUCCAAUUUCCAUCAGAAUUCAGAGCCACAGGUGUAUUUGCUAAUAUGCCAGAAUUUGCAACAGACUUUGGUUGUAAAGCGGGUACAAAAAUGAAUCCAGUUAACAAGUGUUCUGUAUGGUGA